UCAACGUGCUCCUCUGCCGACAUCGCCAACGACCAGCUGCCCCCUCCUCAUUAUCCCCGUGCCUGAUCCCCGAUUGAGCAGAUAAUCAAGCCCCAUUCUUGCAGCAUCCGUGGUGUUGAUUUCCUUCCCCUUCUAUCCUCUCCAGUAACCCCCAGCAGGGCACCAUUAUUAGGCUGAUAAUGGUCCUCCUUCCCCUUCCCUACCACUAGUGGCAUGCCAUUGAUGCCAUCUUGAUACCCUCCAACUUCUCGUCUCCGCUCGCUCUUCCAGAUCUCAUCCGCUUCUCCCUCUUGGCACUGUCCUGUUUCUUGCUGCUCCUGUCUCCGCGUGUGAUUUGAGUCUGACUUCGUUCUGUGGCGCUUCUUGCUUUUGUUUCUUGGCUGCUCCUGCUCGCGUUCUUGGGUGUGGUGGAAGAGCGGAGAUGGGGUUUUUCAGCGCCGUGCUGGGUUUCUUUGGGUUUGGAGUGGGACUGACCUUGGGGCUCGGGAUUGGGUACUACCUCUUCAUCUACUUCCAGCCCACCGAUGUGAAGCACCCUGUGAUCAGGCCACUUGUUGAACUUGAUACAAAAUCACUGGAGUACAUGCUUCCUGAGAUUCCUCUUUGGAUAAAAAAUCCAGACUUCGAUCGGAUUGAUUGGCUAAACAAAUUCAUUGAGACUAUGUGGCCCUAUCUUGACAAGGCAAUAUGUAAAAUGGCAAAGGAAAUCGCCAAACCAAUUAUUGCUGAGAACACUGCAAAGUAUAAGAUUGAUUCAGUUGAAUUUGAGCCAUUAACAUUAGGCUCACUGCCGCCAACAUUUCAAGGGAUGAAGGUCUACACCACUGAUGAACAAGAACUUAUAAUGGAACCUUCAGUAAAGUGGGCUGGGAAUCCUAAUAUCACCGUUGUAGUCAAAGCAUAUGGGCUAAAAGCAACGGCACAGGUAAUUGAUUUGCAAGUAUUUGCUCUACCACGCAUAACCUUGAAGCCACUGGUUCCUAGCUUUCCAUGUUUUGCUAAAAUACUCGUUUCACUCAUGGAGAAGCCCCAUGUUGAUUUUGGUCUGAAACUCUUAGGAGCAGAUCUCAUGGCUAUGCCUGGCCUUUUUGGAUUUGCUCAGGAAACUAUCAAGACCCAGGUAGCAAAUAUGUACUUGUGGCCCAAAGUUCUCGAGGUGCAAAUCAUGGAUCCUGCAAAAGCACAAAAGAAGCCUGUUGGAAUUCUCUAUGUUAAUGUAGUACGGGCUGUUAAACUCACCAAGAAAGAUCUGUUGGGCAAAUCAGAUCCAUAUGUGAAGUUAAAGCUAACAGAGGACAAACUUCCGUCAAAGAAAACAUCAGUGAAGCGAAGCAACCUGAACCCUGAAUGGAAUGAGGAAUUCAAAUUAGUUGUUAAAGACCCAGAAUCUCAAGCUCUGGAGCUCACUGUUUAUGAUUGGGAGCAGGUUGGGAAGCAUGACAGGAUUGGAAUUAAUGUUAUUCCACUGAAAGACCUUACUCCAGACGAGACAAAAUCUGUUACACUUAACCUGCUGAAGAGUAUGGAUGCAAAUGACCCAGCAAAUGAGAAGUUCCGGGGGCAGCUCACUGUUGAUGUAACAUAUAAGCCAUUCAAGAAAGAUGAUUCUGAUGUUGAGACGAGUGAUGAGUCUGGUGUCAUCGAAAAGGCUCCUGAUGGCACGCCAGAAGGUGGUGGUUUGCUGGUAGUUAUUGUCCAUGAAGCACAGGAUGUUGAAGGAAAGCACCACACUAAUCCAUAUGUGCGAAUUUUGUUCAAAGGUGAAGAAAGGAAGACAAAGCAUAUUAAGAAGAAUAGAGAUCCACGAUGGGAACAAGAAUUUGAGUUUGUUUGUGGGGAACCUCCUAUAAAUGAAAAAAUGCAAGUUGAAGUCAUUAGCAGGCCAUCAAGUCUUGGCAUACAUUCGAAGGAAAGUCUUGGCUAUAUUGUAAUUAGCCUUGCCGAUGUUAUAAACAACAAGAGGAUCAAUGAGAAAUACCAUCUCAUUGACUCAAAAAAUGGCCGCAUUCAAUUGGAAUUGCAGUGGAGAACAUCCUAAAAGACCUCACGGGCUGAAGCCAUGAACCUGUAAAAUUUGUUUCUAUUCUAAACUUACCACACAUGUAAGUAUAAGCAUUUGUGGACAUCUUAUUUAGUUAUUUAAAACUGCUUUUGUUAUAAUUUCCAAGUUGUUCUGGACAUCAUGUUUCUCCAGUUUUAGUAGAUGUGGUUCUGAACGGAAAGUGUUUAUCGAGAUGAAUCACAGGAUUGAUAUUAUGCAAAACAUUCUAUAGUUUGUUGCAG